UACAACCCCCACACUUCCGUUUCCGGUCGGGCCAAACAGUUCCAAACAACAAAAGUUGUCAAGAUCGAUUCCUAAACAUUUGUUCCAUGUCAGCGCCCAUGUGGUAACCUCUAUUGUUUGCCGUUCAAUAUUUCUGGUCAUAUUACACAUAUCCGCAUUGUCCGUGCGUGCAAGUAUAUGUCUUUGGGGGGAGAAUUCCUUUCAAUUCGGUGGUGAAUCGGCGGUCUGUGGGGAGACUUGUCACGCAAGGGUUGCAGAAAGCAGAACAGAAGUUAACUUGGAGCCGGUUCGUUCGCCUGGGUUUUUCCGUACGUAACGCUAUCUGCAGCCGUUCUCCUACAUUUCGAGGGAUGACCACGUCCUCACCCUGAAGAUCGGACGUCCAUGGGGCUUGCCGUUUUAAUGGCAACCGUUCGCAAAGGGGUCACCAAUGCCGCCACCAAGGCCCCUCGCUCCAAGUCCUCCAACUCCAAUCCCAGCAGGCCGCAGACCAGACAACUGAGGUCAUCGACCUCCUCAGCGACCCCACCGGGGUCAGCGGGUAAGAAAGAUGGCGGGUCUGCGAAGGGCAGGAAAGUCGGCGCCCUGCCGGCCAAGAGCAAGUCUGAGACCUCCCUCGCCGCCUCCUUCCAGAAGUUAUCAGUGAAGGAGACAAAAACUAGUGUUCCUGGGCAGCAGAAAUCUGCAAGGGCGAUAUCAACAUCAUCCAGGGCGAUAUCGACAUCGUCCAGAAAGAGUAGCGGCAGCUCCUCCGCCGGCGGUCGAGGUGGGAAGACGUUUGCUGGUAUCGAUGACGUGGCGAGGUACAUCCUGGCCAAGAAGUGUAAGAACGUGGUGGUGAUGGCAGGGGCUGGGAUCAGCACUCCUAGUGGCAUCCCUGACUUCAGGUCUCCAGGUACUGGUCUGUAUGACAACCUGCAGCAGUAUAACAUCCCCUACCCCGAGGCCAUAUUUGACAUCGACUACUUCCACAUGGACUCACGUCCGUUCUACACCCUGGCUAAGGAGCUGUACCCGGGGAACUACAGGCCCAACUACGUGCACUACUUCAUACGCCUCCUACACGAGAAGGGACUGUUACUCAGGAUGUACACCCAGAAUAUAGACGGGCUAGAGAGAAUGUCAGGAAUUCCCGAGGCCAAACUUGUGGAAGCUCACGGAACAUUUGCCACGGCCUCCUGUGUCAGGUGCAAUGCUAGAUACUCAGGGAAACAUAUCAAGGCUGCCAUAAUGAGGGGGGAAACACCAAAGUGUACAAACAGUAAAUGGUGCAAGGGUAAGAUAAAACCAGACAUAGUAUUUUUUGGUGAAGACUUACCGAGAAGAUUUUACUACUACCUGAAGGACUUCCCUGUGUGUGAUCUACUGCUGGUUAUGGGGACAUCACUAGAGGUAGAGCCGUUUGCCAGUAUAGUGAACUCUACUCGAGGUUACGUCCCCAGAGUGCUGUUUAACAGGGACCCUGUGGGUCCGUUUGGCCGGGUGCCGUUACGGGACACAGACUGUGCAGAGCUGGGGGACCUGGUGCAGGGCAUACAGAGGUUCACCCGCAUCCUGGGCUGGAAACAGGCCAUGGAGGAACUCAUACAGAAGGCAGAGAAAGAACUGGAUGACAAGCUAAAGAAUGACACGUUAUUUAACGGCGUGGUGGAGUCAGACUCGGAUUCGUCCUCGGGCAGCAACUCUCCCGCCAACGGGGCACCGCCGCGCCGCCAGUACCACACCUUCACGCGCCGGCCGCUCAUCCCGCAGGGCAGGCGCAACGGGAACGUGUCCUCGGGAAGCUCCUCUAGCAACAACCGCAUGAACUACAGGGCCAAGAAGGAGGAGAGUAGUGAGGAGUCGAGCGAGGAGUCUGACAGUAGUGAAGGGGAGUCUUCUGAUGGAAGCAGUUCAAACUGAACCAGUCAAACCGUGCAGUUUUAACCAACUUAGAUGCUGCUUCAGCCUACCACAGGCUGUGACUCAGUGUUCUAGCCAGCAUCCAUCUUUCCGCCAUUUAUCACGAUUUGGCUGGAGAUGUGGGACAAAGAUUUUGCUCUAUCCGCCAUCUUUGACAGACAAAAAUCAGUGUGUAAAGAGAGGGAAAAAGAUGCCAUUUAACAACAUGUAAGCUUAGUCUGCGGGUAAAAUUUUUCCGUCAAAAUGCAGGAAAAAAUGUAUCAGGAUUUCCAAAAUCUCUCCAACUUCCAAGGACCCUCCUAGGAUUGUUGCGUUUCUGCUUGAUAUGAUAUUAUGUCAAACAAAGCUGAGAUAAUGGAAAAAAAUUCAGACUGGCUUGAACACUUCUGUGACUGUUGAUAGGAGCUUGUGCCUGGAAGCCACUUUGUCAAGUGGCCUGUAGUCAUAAUAUAUUAUAGACCAGCUGACUAAAGAAGGAGUUAUUCAUCCAUUUACCCAUCUAUUGAACCAGUGAAAUUGUCCAGUGAACAGAUUCCGCUUCUGCUAAUUGAAGGCUGUUUAAAAAAAAAUGGCUUUUUGCCAGUAUCUGGCAGCCACUUGUCGAACUUCUAAAAUUGUAUGAAG